CAUCUCUCCUGUGUUCCGUUCAUCUUGUGCAACAUGGCGACCACGCGCGCUGCGUGUUGAUGUGUGUCGUUUUCAUUCGCCGACUGGGAGUUUUCGCUGCGUUUACUGGAAUUCGUAACACUGUCCGACGUGCGAUAAAAUGGGUCGUUCCUCGAAGGACAAGCGUGACGUCUACUACCGCUUGGCCAAGGAAGAAGGCUGGCGUGCGCGAAGCGCGUUCAAGCUGCUGCAAAUCAACGAGGAGUUCGAUAUCUUCACAGGUGUCACAAAAGCGGUCGACCUGUGCGCCGCCCCUGGAAGCUGGAGCCAAGUCCUAUCGAGAAAGCUCCGAGGCAAUGCCCAGAAUCCGGAUGACGUGAAAAUUGUUGCUGUGGACCUUCAGGCUAUGGCACCUUUACCAGGGGUCAUUCAGCUGCAGGGAGACAUCACUGAGAUCACGACAGCUCAGAAGAUCAUCGGUCACUUUGAGGGUGAAAAGGCAGACUUGGUCGUCUGCGAUGGUGCACCCGAUGUAACUGGCCUCCACGACAUCGACGAAUACAUCCAAGCAGAGCUGCUUCUAUCGGCCCUAAACAUCACCACUCAUGUCUUGAAGACCGGCGGUACCUACAUAGCCAAGAUUUUUCGAGGAAAAGACGUGACCCUGCUGUAUGCGCAGCUGAAGCUCUUCUUUGAGCACGUGACUGUUGCCAAGCCUCGGAGCAGCCGCAACUCCAGCAUAGAGUCCUUCGUUGUCUGUCGCCGCUACUCUCCACCCGAAGGUUACAAGCCAUUCACGUUUUCUGGCUCCAUGGAAGAUUUAAAAGUUACAACUGAAGAGCCAAACAGAACCAUGGUUCCUUUUGUGAUCUGUGGAGAUCUCGAUGGAUUUGACUCGGACAGGACGUACCCUCUUGAGCUCAAUAAGGAUAAGGCUUACAAAUUCUGCAAGCCCGUGCAGCCGCCAAUAGAUCCUCCGUACAAGCUUGCCAAUGACAUGAAAAGGCGUAACGAGCUGGCCAAGACUGCGCUCAACGAUGGCGCGUCCACUUCGCUGGGAGCUACAGCCGCCAACUUACUUGAGGAGACCCUGGGCCCCGGCGUCGGUGUGCUAGACAUCGUUUACGACGAGUCAACCGAGAAGCCGGUAGAUGUUCUUGAGGCUGUGCUGGGUGCUGCCGGUCCGUCGACUUCGCAGCCGUGCGAAUCCGGGGACCAGUUUGCUGGAGCCGUGUGCUCGAGAAUCGGCGAGCUCGAUCUCGCCAGCGGCAAGAUCGUGAUGAAGGGUGAUGUGGUCAAAGCGAUGCUCGACGAUGGCGCAUCAACGUCGCAACACGAGAGCCCUAGCGAUAGAGUACUGGAGGUGGGUGAGAAAAUUUUGGAGGCUGUGUGUUCGGCCAUUGCCAACCUCGAGGUGAAACGAGACUGAACUGAACUUUUACUCGGUGCUUGUAAAAUUUCUUUUUGUAUAUAUAAAAGUGGCAAAGUAUGCCCCUUAAAAUUA